AUGAGUAUCACUGUUGUAGCAUGUGGCAAAUACCAGCUUCCCUUUCGCGUCCUUCCAGAACCCCACAAUUCUUAUCCUCACGACACAAAUUCACAGCUUUUGCUGCACUUCAACUCUGCCUUAAAACGGGACCCAUCUCAAUUUUCCUCGUCUUUUUCCUCCCAUAAGCGCAUUUGGCAACCUAAGUUUCUUGUCGGAGCUUCUUCGCCUUCUUUCCCACUGGGUGGCUCUGGUGCAGAUUAUACUGACCAGCUGCAGGGAUCAAGACCAGAUGAAAAAACAGAACAAGUAGUUGGUGUAGAUGAAGAAGUAGAGGAUCCGUCCCAGUUAGCUGAUCCGGAUAGUUCUUUCUGUGAAUUCAAUGGGGUCCACCUACACCACAAGAUAUGUGAAGCAGAUUCUGAUUCUGCCAAAAGGAUUGGUUUUCCUAUGAUUUUGCUGCACGGCUUUGGAGCCUCAACCUUUUCUUGGAACCGAGCCAUGAAGCCUUUGGCCCGAGUACUUGGUUCCAAAGUUCUUGCAUUUGAUAGACCGGCAUUUGGGUUGACGUCGAGGGUAGUAAAUCAAAUUAAUCGAGAUUCACGACCCUUGAAUCCGUAUUCGAUGAUGUUCUCCGUGUUGGCUACAUUGUACUUCAUCGACUUUAUGGCUGCUCAAAAGGCAAUUCUUGUGGGGCACUCUGCAGGGGCUCUUGUAGCUUUAGAUGCAUAUUUUGAGGCACCCGGGCGUGUAGCUGCAUUGAUUUUUGUUGCCCCUGCAAUUUUUGCACCACUAGCAAUGCAAAACACUUCUGAUAUUGAAAAUCAAAUCCAAGGAAACAGCUCGGAUUCAAAUUCCCGAGCGAACCUAUUUUUUCGAAUUUACAGCAUUUUGUCAAAGUCAGCGAAAAUUAUUGCAGAUGUAAUAGCGAAUGUGGCAAAAGGGAUGGCUGCCAUGAUAAACACUCUUUGCAAGAAGGCUUUAUCCUCAAUCCUGCUAUCUGCAUUUGGCGUGAUGGUGAUAAGAUUGAUAAUCGGUAAAUUCGGUAUACCAGCCGUUCGCAGCGCAUGGUAUGACUCGAAACAAGUUUCUGAUUACAUCAUACAAGGCUAUACAAAGCCAUUGAAGAUCAAGGGCUGGGACAAGGCACUAGCUGAAUACACGGUGGCCAUGCUUACUGCUUCGGCAUCCAACAACACAAGAAGGCUUAGUGAAAUCUCGUGUCCAGUUUUGAUUGUUACGGGUGAUACUGAUCGUCUCGUCCCUGCUUGGAAUUCCGAAAGGCUUUCUCGAGCCAUCCCAAAAUCGAGCUUUGCAGUGAUCAAGAGUUGUGGCCACUUGCCUCAUGAAGAGAAGAUCGAUGACUUUGUCUCAAUUGUCGAUAAAUUCUUGCAGAAGGUGUUUGGUGGUGCUGCGGAGCCGUGCAUGGAAGCAAUGACCACUUGA